AUGGUGAACAGGACCGGCUCAUCCAGCGUCUGCGUCCAGCGGUUGGUCUCCAGGGACGUUGGCUGCCAGACAGACCCCCAGGAGACACGUCCUCUGGCCACACAGCUGUCCUCAGCAACGCCCCGUCCCCAAUGUAGAAGUGAAGGUGUCCAGGCAACUGUCUCCUGCAAAGAUUUCGGUGUGGGGCCUUCGGAUGCAGACCCUUUGUGCCUGUCAUCGAUACCUGUGAAGAGACCGCCCAAGAGACCCCGUCUAGACCUGGAUGAGGAGCAGGAGGACAGUCCAUUGGAGGGCAGCUCUUUAGUGGACGCUUCUAAGGGACAGGGUCCCGCUCCCGAUCCCGCCGACUCAGUCUCAGCAUCGUCAGACUCUACGCUAAAGUCAGAAGAUUCAUCUGCUCCGACCCACAACAGCAAGAAGUACAUAGUGUACGAGACCUGCAUCAUGGAGUUGUUUAACGUGUGUCCGGUCUGCACGCUGGCGUGUGACGUUAGAACCCAACGGCUCGGGACCUUCCUGUCUGUGAAGCAGUGCUGCCCCCGUUGCUCCUUCAGGAGACACUGGAACAGCCAGCCGGUCGUUGGGAGCACGCCGGCGGGGGACCUGCACCUCUCGGCCGCCACGUACCUGAGCGGGGCAUCUUUCACACAGAUUGAAAAGGUCUUCAAGGCCAUGCAGCUCCAGCUGUUUCGGUCUGAAACCUUUCACCGCCACGCCAGAGCGGUCGUUGAACCGGCGGUUAUUCACCACUGGAACGUCACGCAGGACGGGAAUCUGCAGCGGCUACGUCAGCAGGACAGAGUGAUACUUGGCGGUGACAUGAGGGCCGACGCCCCAGGCCAGUCUGCCAAGUAUGGGAGUUAUUCAACGAUGGAUCUGCAUACUAACACCGUCGUGGACAUUCAGUUGGUCCAGAGCAACGAGGUUGGUGGUAGCUGCCACAUGGAGAAGGAGGGCCUGAAGAGGAGUCUAGCGUUAAUGGAGUCGCGUGGCGUCCGUCUUGAUUGCAUUGUCACUGAUCGUCGUCCACAAGUACAGAAGUUUCUCAGGGAGAGGAACAUAACCCAGUACUACGAUGUCUGGCACAUGGCAAAAGGAAUCUCAAAGAAACUGAGAGCGAUCAGUAAGCAGAAAGACUGCGAGAAACUCAAGAAGUGGAUGAAAAGCAUCAAAAACCACGUCUACUGGACUGCAGCCGGCUCCGCCUCCGGGCCAGAGAGAAUCGCAAAGUGGACCGCGAUCCUGAACCACGUUCGGGACGUCCAUACGCACGAGGAUCCGCUGUACCCCGAGUGUGAGCAUUUGGUCCGCAAGACCACAGACCGGAGUAAAUGGCUCCAAGCAGGUACUUCAUCAGUGUACAAGCUGAAUAUCACAGCAGUACACAGACAACUACACGUACUGUAGUUCUCGAGUCA